CCCGGACUUGGGGGCUAUCCUUUUUUAUUCUUUUUCGAAAUCCCUUACCCGCCUCUCUAAGCCCUACAAGACCGCCGUUUCCAGUCGAUUCUCACGGCCACGUAUCUCCUUUGAUGAGUCACCACCUCCCUUUCUGCUUAUAACGCCAUCUUUUCUACAUCAGGAAACUCUGCUGCAGGUUGACGGAGACCGAGUGGGGAAUUUAAUGGAUUCUGUUCUUCCAUUUCACGACCUCAAUCUCCCGCUUGCCGCCUCCAACGCAACUCCCGCCGGCAAGGUUGUCCCAAUAGUUCAGCCAAAGCCCGAACCGUUUGACGAAUCCGCGACUCUUUCCGCCCUCAAAACACCCCAUUUCUCGUCAAACCCUACCCCCGCUUCCGAUUUUGACUCCAGUGCGGUUUCCAUUUUCGGCUUCUCUACUCCCCCUCCUCCUGCUCAGUCCACCGAUGAUAAAAGCAGCUUGAAUGGCGUCGGAGGAACAGAUGUCUACUCGGAAUUCAGCCGUAUUUCCGAGAUGUUCCGAGCCUCGUUCGCUCAGAAAAUGGAGCAGUACGGGAACAUGGAGGCUGAGGAUGACCCGGAUUCUAGAGCCAUUGUUCCGGUGAACAACGACCAUCACCUCUCCGGUGGUGCCGUCUCGAGUACGGAUACUAUCAAGCAACGCUCGGCGGAGCUGGUCAGGGUAUCGGAUCUCAAACCGGAAGACCAGAUGUAUUUCAGGGACUCCAUCAGGAGAACCCGGAUUCUCUACGAAUCUAUCCGGGUUCGGAUUCUAAUGGAGGACGAGAAGAAACCAGAGACCGGGGGCUGGAGGAGCAGAGCAGACUUGAAAUCUGCUCAGCUGAUGAGACACAAGGGACUAUGGCUGAAUCGCGACAAGCGCAUAGUGGGACCCAUACCCGGACUCUUUAUUGGAGACGUCUUCUUCUACCGUAUGGAACUCUGUGUGGUCGGGCUGCACGGGCAAGCCCAAGCCGGAAUAGACUAUGUGCCCGCGGCCCACAGCUCAAACGGGGAACCAAUAGCAACCAGCGUGAUCGUUUCUGGGUGCUACGAGGAUGAUGAGGACACUGGAGAUGUAAUAAUCUACACAGGCCACGGCGGACAGAACAAGUCAUACAAACAUUGCGGAGACCAGAAGCUAGAAGGCGGCAAUCUGGCAAUGGAGAGGAGCAUGACCUAUGGAAUAGAGGUCAGGGUAAUCCGCGGCUUCAAAUAUGAAGGUAGUGUAAGUGGUAAAGUUUAUGUUUAUGAUGGUUUGUACAGAAUUGUGGAUUAUUGGUGCGAUGUGGGUAGAUCUGGGUUUGGAGUGUUCAAGUAUAAGCUUGUUAGGUUUGAGAACCAACCGGAAAUGGGAAGUUCUGUUCUUAAGUACGCACAGUCUCUCAAGACUCAACCACUAGUGGUGAGGCCAAAAGGGUAUAUCAGUCUUGAUAUAUCAAGAAAGAAAGAAAGCAUUCCUGUGUUUUUGUAUAAUGAUAUAGAUACUGAUCAAGAACCUCUUUAUUAUGAUUAUCUGGCAAAGACCAUAUUCCCCCCACACGUCCAUGUCGGCAAUGUGACUGGUUGUGAUUGCAUUAAUGGAUGUGGGCCCGGAUGCUUUUGUUCGAUGAGGAACGGCGGCGACUUUCCUUAUGACAAUAAUGGCAUCUUGCAGAGAGGCAAGCCGUUGAUUUUCGAAUGUGGGCCCCACUGCCAUUGCCCUUCGUCGUGCAGAAACAGAGUCAGUCAGAGAGGGGUUAGGAACAAAUUCGAGGUGUUCCGGUCUAAAGAGACCGGUUGGGGUGUGAGAUCAUUGGACAUGAUUCAAGCUGGCUCAUUUAUAUGUGAGUUCGUAGGGGUUGUCCUGACAAGAGAGCAAGUCCAGAUUUUUACAAUGAAUGGGGACAAUUUGGUCCAUCCGAGCUGUUUUGCACAAAAAUGGACGGAAUGGGGUGACGUGUCACAAGUUUAUCAUGACUAUGUACCACCAACUCAACCCUCUAUCCCUCCAGUUGACUAUGCGAUGGAUGUGUCGAAAAUGCGGAACCUAGGCUGCUACAUGAGCCAUAGUUCAUCUCCGAACAUCUUUGUGCAGCUUGUGCUAUAUGAUCAUAAUAAUGUCUGCUUCCCUAGGUUAAUGCUUUUUGCACUGGAGAACAUCCCUCCCUUGAGGGAACUUAGCAUUGACUAUGGAGUGGCUGAUGAGUCCACAUCAGGAAAGCCUACCCUUGCUAUAUGUAACUGAUGCAUAUUUCUUGGGAAUCAGUCAAAGAUGCUGACCAGCUUUGCUGGUCAAAUGUUUUUAAGAUUAGGUUUGUAUACUUCUGGGCAAGUUUUUGAUGCUGAGAUGCAUGAAUCUAAGGUGAAAAAUGUGCCUCAAGCUUCUCAAUCAUUUUGUAGCGAAGAACUUCAUGAAAAUAUAUGAAUUAGUCUGUAAUAGUCUUUUUUUGCUCAUAAGAAGUUUUGUAGUGCUUUUCUGUAAACAGAGCAAAUAUUGCUGUUGUUGUAGGCCUUGAUGUAGCCAUGAAAACAAGUUAAACUAGUCUGCUACAAAGUAUAAAUUUUUGCACAUAAAUUUUUAUAUAUAAAGAGCAAGCACUUCUCAAAUA